GGUGCUGCUACUGAGAAAGUAGACCCAUAAAGAUACUUUUUGAAGACCUAGCUAUCUGCCAACUUUUUUUUGGCACUUUUGAUUUAUCUCGUUUCUGAUAUUGAGCCUAGUGCCUCGUCCUCGAAAAUUAUGUCAAAGCGACCAGCUGUUGCGGAGUCAUCUUCCUCCGAUGACGCUUACACGUCGGACUCCGCCGUCGAGGGUGCUGGAGCGGGGCGGAGGAGGCGCCCGAUGGGCCUCAGGAAAAGGAGGAGCGUCAAGCCCAUCAACCGCGGCUCCCGGGUGUCCUUCGGAGGCUACAC